AUGGGCAAAGAAAAGUCCUCCUUUAACCUGAAAACCCCCAAGGGCACCAGGGACUGGUCCGGGGCCGACACCCUCAUCCGCGAUCGUAUUUUCACCACCAUCAGCAAUGUCUUUCGACGUCACGGCGGGACCGCCCUCGAUACCCCUGUUUUCGAACUGCGAGACAUCCUAGCGGGCAAAUACGGCGAAGACUCCAAGCUGAUCUAUGACUUGCAAGACCAGGGUGGCGAGCUCUGCUCUCUGCGUUAUGACUUGACCGUCCCCUUCGCGCGAUGGCUGGCCAUGAACCCCGAGGUGCGCAGCAUCAAGCGCUACCACAUUGCCAAGGUCUACCGUCGAGACCAACCAGCCGUUGCCAAGGGACGCAUGAGGGAGUUCUAUCAGUGCGACUUUGACGUUGCCGGUGCCAAUUUCGACCCCAUGGUGCCUGACGCAGAGGUCUUGAAGAUUGUCAACGAGGUUUUUGAGGAUCUCGGUUGGAAUGGGAAAUUUACCAUCAAGAUCAACCACCGAAAGGUCCUCGACGGGCUGUUCGAAGUGUGCGGUGUUCCCCAGGACAAGAUUCGACCGAUUUCGAGCGCUGUCGACAAGCUGGAUAAACUCCCCUGGGCCGACGUGCGGAAAGAGAUGGUGGAGGACAAGGGUCUCCCCGCCGAAGCUGCGGAUAAUAUUGAGAAGUAUGUUAGCAAGAAGGGCAGAAAGGACCUCCUCGAAGAACUGCUGCGUGACGAGGCUUUGAUGGCCAAUGCGUCUGCCAAACAAGGUAUCGAGGAAAUGGGACUCUUGAUGGAAUAUCUCGAAGCGUUCGGCGUGCUAGAUACUAUUUCCUUUGACCUGAGUCUGGCUCGUGGCUUGGAUUACUACACAGGUGUCAUCUAUGAGGUUGUCACAGAAGGCUCGGCACCCGCAUCGUCGGCGCGGGCAGCACCGGAGGCGGAAAAACUACAAAAAUCAGGAAAGAAGGCCAAGGCUGCCUCAGGCGAUGAUGAUGAUCGGUCUAAUGAUCCGACAGUCGGCGUUGGCAGCAUUGCAGCCGGUGGUCGAUACGAUAAUCUCGUGGGCAUGUUCUCUCCAAAGGCACAGAUACCUUGUGUCGGCAUUUCAUUUGGAGUCGACCGCAUAUUUUCCAUCACCAAGGCUCGCAUAGAGCGAGAAAAGAAUACCGAGGCUCGUAACAACGAAGUUGACGUUUACGUGAUGGCCUUUGGAGGGAAGGGAUUCACGGGCAUGCUUAAAGAGCGCAUGGAUAUCUGCAAGACGUUAUGGAGUGCAGGUGUCAAGGCCGAAUUCUCAUAUAAACUCAAGCCCAAGCUCCCGCAGCAAUUCAAGGCUGCCGAGACGUCAGGAAUCCCCUUUGCCAUCAUUCUGGGCGAAGAGGAACUGGCCGCAGGCCAAGUGAAGAUCAAGGAAAUGGGUCUUCCCGAGGGCCACCCAGAGAAAGAAGGAGUAUCAGUCGAUAUCAAGAACUUAGUUGACGAAGUCAAGCUACGAAUAGACAAGAAGAGCAAGGGUACAACGACAACGAAUGUCGUUGCAGACGCCACUGCGGCGGUUGCAGAUUUAUCUGUGAAGACGGAAGAUGCAGGCGUUUAA